CACACACUCACACUCACACUCAAGAGUUAGCAUUACACACAGGUGGAAGAAGUACUCACCAAUGAUGUCAUUGGUCUGUCUCUCGCUCCGUCUCCGUGCCGCCGGUUGCCACGGAAGCAGGCGGUCCGUGGCAACUGUUGUCAGCGGCAACAAGACGGCCAGCUUGGUGAGGCAGCGUCUGCAGAUGGAGGUUCAGGAGAUGAGGAGUGUGUUGUCGGGGUUCAGGCCCGGGCUGCUGGUGCUGCAGGUGGGAGACAGAGCCGACUCCAACCUGUACAUCAGCGCCAAGCUGAGGGCCGCCGCCCAGAUCGGGAUCGAUGCCAAACACCUGAGACUGCCGAGCAGCGCCACACAGGACCAGGUGCUGCAGAGCGUCCUGUCCGUCAACGCGGACCCGGCGGUGCACGGCCUCAUCGUGCAGCUGCCUCUGGACUCUGUGAACCCCAUGGACCCUGAACGCAUCACCAACGCUGUGUCGCCGGAGAAGGACGUGGACGGGCUGAGUUGUAUUAAUGCAGGUAAGUUGUCUCGAGGAGAUCUGAAGGACUGCUUCAUCCCCUGCACCCCCAACGGCUGCAUGGAGCUCAUCAGACAGACAGGUGUGUCUGUGGCAGGGAAACAGGCCGUUGUGAUUGGUCGCAGUAAGAUCGUGGGCGCUCCGAUGCACGACCUCCUGCUGUGGAGCAACGCCACCGUCACCACCUGUCACUCAAAGACCCCUGACCUGCCUGAACAGGUGGGCCGCGCUGACAUCCUGGUGGUGGGGGCGGGGCGAGCGGAGAUGGUAAGAGGUGAUUGGCUGAAGGAGGGUGCUGUGGUCAUCGACUGUGGAAUCAACCACAUCCCAGAUGAAAGGAAGCCGAGUGGUCACAGGGUGGUGGGGGACGUCCACUUUGCAUCAGCCAGUCAGAGAGCAGGAUUCAUCACACCUGUUCCAGGAGGGGUGGGGCCUAUGACCGUGGCCAUGCUCAUGGAGAACACGGUGCAGAGCGCACGCCACUUCCUCCUGAAGAUCAAGGCGGGGGGCUGAACCAUGCAGGGGUCCAUCGCCAUGGAAACAGCAAAGGCGACGUCAACAGGAAGUGAUGUCACGACGUGUGAAUGUUUAAUUAAAGGAUCAUUAAAAUAUAAUAUUUAAUUCAAGUGAACUCUAAAAUGUUUUCGUGGCUCUUUGUUCAUUUGAGUGAGAAAGCAGAUUCAUUUGAAUGGGUUUAUUUUUAAUCACUUCUGAUUGGUGGAAAAACAGACCUGUACAAAACACACGACUUCCUGUUUACAGAGAAACACAGAACAACGAGCAAUAAUCAAUACGUCUCAGUCUGUCAGUAAUGAUCAAUGAUUCAUGUUUUCGUAAUGAGAGGUCAUCCCAUCAUUACAAAUAUAUCAAUAUAAUAAACAGAGUUUCUCCUCUCA